GAGGAAUAGGAAGUAGGCGGGCUCUUAAGCCGGGGAUGCGUCGAUCUGUUCUGUGAUUGGCUUUAACUGUCGCGACGGUAUGGUUUAAAUGUCUGGCGGUGAUUCAGCGAACAUCGUACAAGGAACAAACGUUCGUGUUUGUCUACUUAGCUGCACAAUAACGCAUUUUUGCAAUGUAGUCGCAGGACUGUUUUCCCGCGGUGAACAAACCAGGCGUUUCUAACGAGUUUCAGCUUUAAUGGGUUUGAAUUUAAAGCCUUUCCAAAGGGAGAAGAAUGACGAGGAAGAUCCGUUCGGAGUACAUGAAGAAGUUCAAAGACCCCAAAUGGGAGACCUACACUAAGUGUUAUGAGGAGAUGCUGAAGUACAGGCUGACCCGCAGGCUGCUGGAGCACUCACACAAACCCUGGUUCUGGGCUGGCUCUGACAGUGAUACCGACUCAGGAGGAAGUCCCCCUCCUGCCAGUAAGAACCAGGACCAGACUGGGGGCGGCAGGGAGCAUGCGGAGGCCGAGCUGGAGGAGUGUGAGGGGGCGAGGAAGGACAGAGAGCAGGAGCCCAUACCUAGACUGCCCCUCCAAGAGGAAGAGGUGUCUGCAGACCAUGGCUCACAGCUUGAAGGUGCCAAAGAGACCAGAGUGGCAGAGGAGGAGAGAGAGAGUAAACAGAAAAAGCUCCCUCACAUGGGACAGAACAGAGUGAGAGACUCUGGAGGACCACAGCAGAUUAAAUCCUCCAAACCCUUAAAACAAGCUUGGCGCUCAGAGCGUGUGAGGCCUGCACAGCCACGACAGCCCGAGGAGGACACUAAAGAGUUCAGACAUCCUUUUGCCUUGUACGGUUCAGGAGAGAAGGAUGCAGACAUGGCAGGCCGAAAGACCCACAAUGUCGGCCCUGCAGCUUCCACUAGAGAGAUCCAUGACUCUGCCCUGCGUGCAAAGACCAGGCGGGAAGUGGAGCGUCAGAUCCAGACCCAGAGAUCCGAGCGUCGGAGAGCCAAAUCUGCUGAUCUGAACAAGGCCAGAAAGUUGGUUCAACCAGAAUACAACCCCUGGCUGACUGAGUACAUGCGCUGCUUCUCUGCUCGCUCCCGAUAGGACUCACAAACACACACAAGUAAAUCAGGGUUAGAAAAUGAUAAAAUAGAAAAAUAAAACCACUAUUGCCUACAAACCCCAACGUUUUAAACACUCAGAGAUGUAGAAUAGAGUGAGGGGAAUUAAUACUUACAUCCUCUCUGAUUUUUAUACAAACAAUUUUAAUAAGAAACAUUCUACAGGGUACAAAAGACUCUUCAAAGAAACCAUUUGAAAGUAAAAGUACACUUAAUGGAUGUAUCUGUUGUGUGCUAUGAAAUGAGUAAAAAAAUAUAUUUUUUAGCCAAACUUAACUGCAGUCCCUUUAAACACAGCCUAUAAUAAAUUUCACUGUAUUCUAAUCAGGGAUAUCACAGCACAGUGGACUCACACAGUGUUGUGAAGGAUUUAGCUACCUUAAAUAAAUAAAUAAAUAAAACGUCCAAGAUGAAAUGUGAAGCUGUGAACGUGAUAAAUGUACUCUGCACUUAUUGUGCACACGCAUGAGACACAAACACUAAUCAAAUGGUUUGUGUUCUUGCAGCUUUCGAUGUCUGUAGUGCUCUCUUGCUUGUGCUGAGUGCAAAGUAUUGAUAUGUUAAAGAGUCUUAUGCUUUUGAUUUGAUCAGACCUAUCAGUGCUGUGAAGUGGCUCUUGUGGAUUUGUGGCAUUUUGUUUAUCAGUGCUCACUGAGUUUGCUUAGAAGGAUAAUGAUUCACACUUCAUACUUUAGUCACUUUCAGAACUACUUUGUCACAUUUGCCUAUUAAAACUUCUGUGAGGAAUUUUCAACUGCUUAUGAAACAGUUUUAAGUUGUUCCUGAAGCACUGUUGGAACCUACAAAAGCAAAUAAGGUUAUUAGCAAAAAGACUGAUUAUUUCUAUGGAAAUAUUUUUAAUGUCUGAAAAUGCUGCUGGCAGAUGAUUAUGAGCCUUUUUUCACGCUUCCACAGCAAUGAUUUAAAGUGAGGUAAACAUUAAACCUGUAAAAAAAGCUUAGGGAGGGAGGGACAGCAAAAACAACAAAAUCAGCUAAGGAAUAAGAUGUUUUGCCCACUGGGGGCGCCAAACUGAAAUCUCCUCACAGGAGCUUUAACACUUGCUUUACACUGUAAAUAUGUUCAUACAAACAUUUGUAUGCUUUCUUCAAUGUGUGUACAGUAAUCUGCCAUCCUGGUGCUAUCACAGCCUGUACAUAGAAACUGUGUGUGACUGUUCGAGUUGUGGGUUGGCUGUGAAAAGUGUGUUUGCGUGGUCUGUCCAUCCUGCAGGGCAUAAAGUAUGUGCAUUCAUUCACAGGUAUUUUUCACCAGGAAAAUGUUAAAAUGAUACGCAGCUAAUUAAGGUUUUCUUCAAGGUGUAGCUAUUUAAAGUUCAUUUUUGAGGCCAAAUUUCUUAACUUGUGCUCAUGGCCAAAAAGUGUGACCAUAAUAAUGGGCAUAAAGAUAUUACUUUUACUCUGAGAAAAAGAUAAAACUUGUUUUUAUCUCAGCAUACACUUGCAAACUUGACCAAAUGAAAGAGCACUUUGAAAAUCAGUCAGUACUCUGAUGUAAUAUUUGUAAGUUAUCCUGCUAGCAAUUUAGGUUUUCUUUUUAUUCACUCAUCUCUUAGAUGUCUUCAGAUUGAAUUUUUGAUUGUGUUAUAAAUCAGACACAAGACAAAAAUAACAAACAUACUGUAAUAAAUCUGAUUCCUUGUGUCUGGUAUCAUUAUUUCAUGAGCAGUGCCAUAAAAACAGAUUGUUUUUCUCUUGCCACUAAGUUUGAUAUAUUAUGAAUAUUGUGCAUGGAAGAGAUGAAUGUCAGAAAGGCCCGUGCUUUACAAAUAUUUUCUACAUUUUUUUUGGUUUUGUUGAUGCAACUCAUGGUUCAGUAUUACUUUACCUUUUUUAAGGUUUCAGUUUCGUUGUAUUUUAGGUUUAAUGUUGUUUUGUGAUUUCUGUGCAAUAUUAGAAUAUUUAAAAUUGUUUUCAGCCAGUGUUUCUUUUUAAUUUGGGUGAAUUUUGACAAUCUAAGAUGAGAGGGAAAAUAAGCGUUCGCAUUUUGACCAAAUGUAUAGUGAAGAUCUUAGUAUUGUAGGGAGAGUUUUAUUCUAUUCUUUACAGUUGAUAAAGUAAUGAACAUAGAGCAAAAAACCAAGCCUAGAUAUUCAUUUGACCAGCAAAUUACAUCCCAAACCAGUUUUAUUCAGGGGUCAGGGAGAAAAGAAAUCAGAUAUACUGACAGAUUUCCUUAAAGUUCUAAUUUUUAUGUCCGUAUUUUAAGCUUUAAUAAACUGUGUGCACAUAUUUGAUAUGAAUAGAGGAAAAGAGGCUGAAGUAAGAUGCUAAAUGUUGAAGUGCAAAGCUGUUAAUAAAUCACUUCUUAAACUGC